AGAGUACAAGUACAAUGAUUUGUUUUGUUUCUCAUGUGUUCCUUCUUUAUGUUGCUGUCAGAUCUGGUGGCUGGAUCCUGAGCUAACCUAUGGCAACUCCAAGCCGUUUGUUUUCACCCAAGGCCAUUCGGUGUGCAACCGCUCCUUCUUCCCUUGUUUUGACACGCCAGCUGUGAAAUGUACCUACUCUGCAGUUGUCAAGGCCCCUGCAGGUAUGCAGGUGUUAAUGAGUGCUACCCAAAGUACCUAUGAGGAAGAAGAGGGCAUAUACCAGUUCUACAUGGAAUACCCCAUUCCUGCUUACCUCGUGGCUCUGGUGGCUGGGGAUCUUGUAGCUGCAGACAUUGGUCCUAGGAGCAAAGUGUGGGCAGAGCCAUGCCUGUUGUCAACAGCUAUUGGCAAACUCUCCGGUCGAGUGGAGCACUGGCUCAGUGCUGCAGAGAGCCUCUAUGGUCCCUAUAUAUGGGGCAGGUACGACAUUGUUUUUCUUCCUCCCUCGUUCCCUAUUGUAGCCAUGGAGAACCCAUGUUUGACCUUCGUUAUCUCUUCCAUCUUGGAGAGCGAUGAAUUUCUCAUCAUUGAUGUCAUCCAUGAAGUAGCCCACAGCUGGUUUGGCAAUGCAGUCACCAAUGCCACCUGGGAAGAGAUGUGGUUGAGCGAGGGGCUGGCCACUUAUGCUCAGCGCCGAAUCACCACGGAGACUUAUGGUGCUGCUUUUACAUGUCUGGAGACAGCCUUCCGCCUUGAUGCCCUUCACAGACAAAUGAAGCUCCUUGGGGAGGACAAUCCUGUUAGCAAACUUCAGGUUAAACUUGAACCAGGUGUGAAUCCCAGCAAUCUGAUGAACCUCUUUACGUACGAGAAAGGGUUCUGCUUUGUUUACUACCUGUCUCAGCUGUGCGGAGAGCCAGCACAUUUUGAUGCCUUUCUCCGAGCCUAUAUUGAGAAGUACAAGUUCACAAGCGUUGUAGCCCAAGAUCUGUUGGAUUCCUUCCUGGCGUUCUUUCCAGAACUGAAAGAACAAUGCAUUGAUUGCAAAGCAGGACUAGAGUUUGACCGCUGGCUCAGUGCAACAGGACCUCCUUUAAUUGAACCAGACUUAUCUCAGGGAUCCAGCCUGACCCAGCCAGUGGAGACGCUGUUCCAUCUCUGGACCAUGGAGCCUCUGGAUGCCGGAGCUGCUGCUAACAGCGUCGACAUCACCGAGUGGCGAACAUUCCAAACGGUGCUUUUCCUGGAUAGGUUACUGGAUGGGUCGCCCCUGCCACACGAGGUGAUAACAAAGUUGUCUGAAUGCUACUCAGCCCAGCUGGACAACAUGAAUGCUGAGAUUCGUAUCCGCUGGCUGCAGAUCAUUGUCCGCAACGAUUACUAUCCCGACCUUCAUAAAGUCCGUCGCUUCUUGGAAACCCAGAUGUCCCGGAUGUACACUAUUCCGUUGUAUGAGGACCUCUGCACCGGCACCCUCAAGUCCUUUGCCUUAGAAGUUUUUUUCCAGACCCAGAACCAGCUCCACCCAAAUCUGCGGAAGACCAUUCAUCAGAUCUUGACCCAGGGCUUGAACCCGCCACUCCUUGCCACGGACGCAGCUGCUGUCACGGUGGACCCUCCAGCUGCUGAGCUCGAGGACAGAGGAGCUGCGCACGGUGCUGUUUCUCUCAGGGACGUCAAUGUGUCUGCAUAGCUCUCCAGCUCAUGCCAGGCCUUGGAAGCUGGAGGGGCCAGCAAGAACGCUGACCUAGUACUGCCCUCUUGCCCUUUGUGCCACUGCUGGGGGGCUGGAUUUUUUAAAUUCCUCCCCACGUGUACAUUGAGAGUCCUAUGUGCCUUCAGGUGCCUGACCCCCGAGGCACAGCGAGAUAUCAGGGAUGUACCUUUUUCUAACUCUAAGCAGCGACUGGUAUCAGGUGGCUCUUUUGCCUUGAUGCAUCAUGAAUGUGAACUCCAGGUUGAUUUUUGUUUCUGCCAACAAAGAGCGUUUCCAGCACUUGACAGGCGUUUUGUUUGUCGCCCUCCAAGCCUUGAAGGAGACAGAAUCAUCACUGGCCACAUGCUGUCCACGCACUAAGAAAAGAAAAAUUUAUCAGGAUCAUGGUGAUUUGAAGGCGGGGCAGUGCUCUGCAAAGCACUCUGUCUUCUCUCAUUCAUUGUGUGUGUAUAUGUACACACACACACAUGAAUGGGAUUCAUUCAUAUAUAUAUAUGAAUGAAACUGUUUAAAGGAACGUGGGAAUCUGUUCUGUUUUAUGCUCUGCUUGUGACUCAUGAAACUGUUGAAAGUAAUGUGGGAAUCUGUUCCAUUUGACGCUCUGCUUGUGAUUCAGAGUCCUGAAGAAUGAAAGAUUUCUUCCAGGCAAUGCCUAGAUUUCAGGAAAAUGGUGAAAAUGGUUAGGGGUCAGCUAUUAAGAGAUUUGGGUGGGGGUUGACAAGCUGAGGGUGAAUGCACAGCAGGCUUUAUAGAGAAGCUUCAUCCGAAGCAAAGGAUGGGGCGGAAGAAGAAACCUUAGGGGUGUGGGGUAGGAACGUGGGUGUGUUAAAAUUGCUUUGCUUUCUUCGGAGACCAGCAUGCCCCAAGGGUUACGGUGUACUAGGCACCCUCUGCUAAGCAGGGGUGGGAAGGCCUUUCAAGAUUGUGCCACUGAAGUCAGUGGCCAGUCACCAAAUGCAACAGUGCAAUGUUCUGUUUAAUUUUCCUUCCAAAAAAGUAAAAUAGGAAUGUUAAAUCUUUGCAAAAAAAAAAAAAAGGUGUCCUGACUCUGCUGUAGACAUACUGACUUGUCCUCCAUCCUUGAGACUGCACCUUUGGAGGGUGCCGCUGGUGGCUUCCUUUGCCCGUGUUCCCUGCACACGAGCUCACACCCUUUUCACGUGUUUUACCAAAGCAACUCUGGGAUUUCUUUCUGCACAUACCUCCCUUGUUCAAGAGUAAUAUUUAUUCUCUGUCCUGGAAAAGACGGGCAGAGGAACCCCUGGAUACCACUCUGUGUCCAGCUCUGGCAGGGAGGAUGCCUGUCUGCCGCCACCUGCCUUGUGAAAACUAGUUCCAGAUCCACAGAGGUGCUUAAAUUGUCUGUUUCCUCUUCCUUUGCUCUGUUUCCCUUGAAAUGUAUUUUCACCUGGGGUGACUCUUGGCUUCAGACAAAAGGAGGAAAAGCAAUAAUGAAGUUGGACUCCAAAGUCGCUUCAGUCGGGUUGGGAUAAUUUGGCUUUUUGGCUCUGGGAUUCCUCCUUUAUUUGGAAACGUGCAGGGCUGGCAUCUCCCCAGACAUACGUUCCACUUCUAAAGUGCUUGGUUUGCAGCCCUUUUGACACCUGUUCCAGUCUGGCAGAGACCACAACCACUACACCUUCCUGCCAUCCUAAGCUCUGUUAUCCUGCAUUUUUAUUUUUUCCAGGAGAAUGUAUGCAACCCAGGGGGAAAUUCCUUGGAGAUGUACAUGGAUGCCUUACAAUAACAUCACUUAUAAAUGUUGAAUUAAACUAAACUUUGUGACUUUC